AUGACUCUUAACAAAAUAAAAAAAAUUAGUAGACAAUCAGUAGAUUAUAGUACAUUCAUAAAAUCAGAUGCAAAUUCUAAUUUACAAAAAGAGACAUUGCUUAAUUUAUAUUACUUGACAAAACAUUAUAAAAAUCAUAAAAUUCAAAAUAACGAAAACUCAGAAAAGUGCAGUUAUAAGCAUGUAUAUAAUGUCCGAAAAAGGCACAAUUUGCAUCUUUUAAAAAUAGCCUUACUAGACAAUAGACCUUUUAAGUCAUCUAUAUCAGUAGAUCAAGGUUUUUAUAAUUUACAAAAUUUUAUCUUUCUUUUGGCAAUGAUAAAAAAAAGACCUGAAAUUGUAUACUUUUUUUUAAAAGAGGGAUUUCCUAAAAACAUUAAUAAUUCGACAUUUGGAACAGAUUUAUCGCCUACUUAUUUUCAAUUAGCAUGUGUCUUGAGCGGUGAGAUAAUGCGUCUUCUUAUGGAUUUUUUCCCCUCAUACAGUUUAACUUACAACGGGUUGACCCCUCAAAUGCUGCUUUUAAAUAAAGCACAUUUUUUGUACGAUAAACAAGAAUGGUGUUUUUUAACUACAACACAGUAUGAAUUACUCAACCAAUAUAAGUCAAUAAAAUUAAUUAAAAAUGAGGAAAAUCCGAUUUUUUUACUGGAUUUUCUUUGUAUGAAUAAUCAGGUUGAUGAAGUUAGAAAUUUACUAAAAGAUUAUAGUGAGCUUAUAACAUAUUCUAAAUAUUGUUUUGUUUUAAAUUAUAAUUUUAAACUCAUGGCAAUAUUAGCUGAAAAUUCUAUAAAUGUUAAUCAAACGUUUUGUAAAUUAACUCCUUUACACAUAUCAGCAUACAUUAAUGACAUCAAUCAUGCCAUUACUUCACUUAUGAUUAAAAUGGAUUGUAAUUUACAAGAUGACAACGGAGAUACACCUUUACAUAUUGCAGCACGCUUAAAGCAUUAUACCCUUCUAGAACUUUUUAUAAGGUAUGGUGGAAAUGUAAAUAUAAAGAAUAAUGAAGGUAAAACACCCAAAGACUUUUAUGAUAAAAACAGAUGGAAAAUGAUUCCUCCAAAUUAUAAUGAUCAGGAUGUAUUAGUUAACAUAGCUGAUAUGGAUUACAAUAAUCCGGAAUUCCAUUGUUCAUCCGUUUCUAUGAAGCAUAUUAUGAACAUUAAAAAUUUUAAAAAGCCUUCACGAUUUAAAAUAACAUCUUUAUUAAGUUUUUACAGUAGGGAAAAUGAAGUAAGAAAAAUGGUACAAAGAUUAAAUAUUAUCGAAAGAUACAGAUAUAAAACAUUCAAGGAUCUUGAUAGUAGAUUUGAUCAACAUUUAUAUAAAAAAUAA